UGGAUCAGCCAACGUCACGCAUGGAUCCCACUCGUAGGACCCAUGCGUCAUGUAACAGACAAUCAAUACCGUUUUCUUUUCUGGGCUCCGAACCACAAAGGUUAGCGAUUGAUCGCUAAUUUGAAAGAGCAUUUCUGAUUGGUUCCUAGUCAGUCCAUUGAGCAAGAUGCACGUGAAACGAUGAUCUUGAUAGGCUAUUUAAUUAAGUGAUUAAUCGCUGAUCUUUGUGUUUUUGUAGCACGGUCUGCAUCACUGGCGCAAUAUCGAUCAUCCUCAGAACUUUCGUACGGACAUUGACUGUCCGGUUAAUCGGUUCGCGGAUCUCAUACAUGUAUGAGAGCUUUGUAGCAGUAAGCGCCACACCUACAUGUGAACUAGUUCUGUUGCAGGUCCAUAGUCUUCAGGAUCAACUGAUGCAGUAAAGGCUUCAACCCACCUCGGAAAAAUGGCUAGAUGGAUACUACACCAACUGGACAACAACCAUAAAUGAUUGAAGGGCACCAUAGCUGGAUUGAUAUGAGUCAUUUUGAUGAAGAAACAGGCGGGAAUCGACCAGCUAUCUCUUCCCAUAUUGAAGCAGAAAGAAACCCACAACAACUCCAAAAGAUGACUGUAACAUGUCUGAGGCGGAAGGCGUUUAGAAGUCCUUUCCUGGUGAUCUGUACUUUGGCAGUCGCCUGCUGCGCCCUCUAUGUGUUUUAUGGUUAUCGGACGUUUACAAAAGCGCCUCGAUAUGUUCAUCUUGACAAGUUCUCUUCGUCUCCUUUAGAAGGAAACACGAAUGCUUACAUCUUCAAUCAGGUACUGCAUUCAACUGUUCCAAGGUCAAAGGCAAAAGAACCACCUUCAUUUGGAAAAGACGUCUACACAAAGGACUUCACAUUGAAAUUCAAGGAAGACAACAUCUCUGUUACUAAUGCACCAAAGCACAUCUCACCUUCUAAACCAACCAACAGUGAGCCUACGAAUCACGUGACUGCAUCUGGGGGACAUCAAAUUUACAAUAUAAAUGCGAAAUUAACUGAAAGUCCUACAGCACCAGAGGAAGAAAUACUAAAGCUUCAAGCAAAGCGGAAGCAGCGAAUUGCAGAUGUAUGCCACGAACACAGAUUAAAAAUUGGAGGGAACUUUUUAUACAAGGAUACCUUUAGACAUAUGUACGUUAUUGAAGAACAGAAACUUUUAUUUUGCUACAUCCCAAAAGUUGGCUGCAGUAAUUGGAAGCGUGUUCUUAUGGUGCUAGAUGGGAAGCGUGACGUCAUGGAUGAUAUAACGAGCAGAGAGGCGCACGCGCACAACGGGAUAACGCGUUUCGGUAUGAUAAGUAAAGAGGAACAGGAAUAUCGAUUGCGUAAUUAUCGGAAGGUGAUGUUCGUGCGUAAUCCGCUCGCGCGCGUGGUCUCUGCGUACAAAAACAAGUUUGCAGAUUUGGCUGUCUACCGCACGGCCCCUCCCGUUUUUCACAAAUUUGGGAAGAGAAUCGUGAAAAGAUAUCGGAAGAAUCCAUCACCUCUAGCAUUGGCGACAGGAGAAAACGUCACGUUUGCCGAAUUCGUGACCUAUCUGACAAACAAGAAUGAAAGGCUGGAGUUCGAUAGGCACUGGAAAGAAAUGUAUAAGCUUUGCUCACCGUGUCAAAUCCACUACGAUUUCAUUGGCAAACUGGAAAAUGCAUACGACGAGGCUGAGUAUGUUUUACGGAACAUGAACUUCACACGAUCCCUCAGUUUCCCGGGCAGAGAGAACAGCCACCCGACGAAUGUGAGCAGCAGCCGUACAGAUAAAUAUUUUGAGAAUUUUUCUACAGAGACUCUAAGAGCACUUUGGGAUAUUUACCAUACGGACUUUGAAUUGUUUGGAUACCCCAAGCCAGAUUAUAUCAAUUAAUGUUUGGAAGACCUAGCAACUUGAUUAUUAUUACUUCUUUAUUAUUAUUUUUUUUUCAAUAUGGACUAAUCGAUGGUAAAAGGAUAAAAAUAAGGCCUCCACCAUUUCCACUGUCCACCAUUCCACUGAAUGAUGCUAGGCUGGAGCGUAACCCGACGCACAUUUCGUGAAAAUUAUCAUUUUAACCAUCGGAUUUAUCUGUCCCCGGCCUUUAGGGAAUAAGGGGGCACUUUUUACUAAAGUUCGUUUUAUAUGACGGCCUUUGACGGGUCUACCCUUCCCGACGCAAUCACUCGAUGAAAUGGAACAAGUCAUGAAUAUAAUGCCAUUUUGGAUCCGAAAUCAUAGCAAUGUCUGUUAUUUUGUUGAUAAUAACAUUAAUAUUGUGUCUCAAACUAGCGUGUGUAUCAACAUGGACCUGCAUGGUAUCAACAAUGGUGCUGUCUAUCGUCCAACAAUGACUUUAGAUUAAAUUUUUUUUUAAAGAGUCGAAUUUAGACAAAAUGGAAUAGGUUAGGAUUUAGCAUGAUUACGUAGACCGAGUCUACUGUGGUUUUAGUGUAGGACUCGUGAUGGACCCGUAUUCUGGACUCGGGUUUAACUCAGACAUGCAUGGUCCAAGUCUUCUAAAAUCAUGGGAAGCCAAUCAUGUCAACAUACAAAUCUUUUACAUCAAAGUUCACUAUAAAGACUGUUCAUACGACAUUUUACUUGUGUUUACUGUGCACUUUCCUGAUUCUUUAAUGGUGAAAACAGUUAUCUUGUUCAUACUUUCCAGGUAUAGAGUCAGAUGCGCUGUUCACUACCAACCUCUAAUUUCAUAGAUUUGUGUCACAAAUAAUGACCGAUUGUGUCACACUUGGCUAGCCAUAGUUAACCCGCCACUUUAGACCAGAGUUUAAAUUAAACACGACUUCAGGAUACGGAUCAUGGCGUUGGUCUAUGUGCCUCACAUUAAUAACCCUGCUAGACCGUUUUGAUAUUUUUACCAUGGUUACCGUGUUCUCUGAAGUUCUAUUUUAAACGAUUUUAGUGAAUGACCAACAACAUGUAUAGAUCAAGGUUUCGUCUAACGAAGAGUUGCAAUUGAUUUGAUCAAUCUCCGCUAUUCAUGGAAAUCCAUCAUUGUCAUUAUUUUUCCUACCAAAAAUUUGCACAAUGUCAUUUGUAAAUAAAAAGGAAGAACACAGAUUGGUCGAGACAACGAUGAAUGUAAGAGCAUACACUGCAAAAACUCUGGUGUUGAUUUAACACCAGCCCGGAAUCUAUAUUUCCACAGCAGAGAAGUGUUAAACAACACCAAUCUCAUUUUGGUCUAAAACCAGAUAGUUGUUUAUACAACGCCAAUUAGUAUUAAAACAACAUCGGUUUGAUUCCAAACUGGUGUUGUUUCAAUACUUCUCUGGUGUGGACAUACAUAGAUUCUGGGCUGGUGUUAAAUCAACACCGGAGUUUUUGCAGUGUACACUAUAUCCAGAAAAUAUUCUGACCUAACAUGUAUUUUAGAUGUUUGCGUAGUUGGCUCUUCAUAGAUUUGACUGAUCGGAUCAAUCACAAUUCUUUGUAAGGUGUCCCAUAUCACUUCAACUGAAGUUGAUACAUGAUGAUACUGAUUUGCAUUGCUCGCACAAACGAUAUCACAUUUUAAUUUUGAAACAAUAUGUACGCUUUUGAAAGAUGUGAUGGUUUCAUAGACAAAAUGAAUAAUUAAAAAAAAAGAUUAGGCGACUCAUUAUGCAUAUCACUCAUACUACUGAAACCUCUUAAAC